UCACAGGCCGUUUCUCGUAUAUAUCUUUCAUGAGAGAGAUAACACCCUGAGCAUCUGUUUCAAUCUGGAAAUCGAGGAAUCCAGCUUCAAUAGUCAAUUCCGUCGCAUGUGAUACUGCUUUUAGCUCUGCCUCUUCACUGAAGCUUGCUUGGAUGAGAAAUGACGUAGCAGAAACCAGCUCAACCUUCCGGUCUCUCAAUAUAGCACCACCCGAUGCUUUGUGAGGUCUGUUAAAAUCCUCUUUGCAUUUGUAUUAAGAAGCGUAAAACCAGACAUUAGGGGAGAUGAGUAGCGGCGCCCCAUUUCUUCCGAUUGAAAUCAUCUCCGACGUUCUCAAGCGACUUGCUGUGAAAUCCCUAAUCCGAUUCCAAAGUGUGUGCUCUCUUUGGAGGAAUCUCAUCAAGAGCCCAUCUUUCAUUGCCAGCCACCUCGACUGCUCCACCGGAGAAGAUCCCUCUCUUAUUUUCAGACGGAGCUCCUACUCCGAUACCUCGAAUCUAUAUUGUCUCGACCGCGACAUGCAACUCUGCCAAAUUCAGGACAAUCCUUUUAUCUAUUCGUUCAAGUCCCUCAUGAUAUUGGGCUCCUGCAACGGCUUGCAACGGCUUGCUCUGUGUUCGAAUCGAGGAGCUUGGUAAUGCACUGUCUCUUUACUUGUGGAAUCCUGCGACUAGAGAGGUUAUACAGGUGCCUAGAUACAGAACAAGCAUGGAUAUAUGUUAUAUUCAUAGUUUGGGCUUUGCAUUCAUUCCAACUAUGAACGAUUACAAAAUUAGCAUAUCCUAUACGACGGGGGUGAUGUGGUGGAAAAUGUAUUUCAAGUUUAUUCACUAUCCACGCAUUCAUGGAAGAAACUAGAAAUUGCUAUCUUAAAGGACAUGCGCUUGGUCAGUGAUUGCAUUAAUACUAAUGGGUCUAUGUUUUGGUUGGCAACAAAGAGUGGUUUGGCACCUCAUGGGGGAGAGAAUAACAAUGUCAUAAUUUCCUUGUGUUUAGCAAUGGACGAGGUCAGACUGAUAUCACCGCCUCCUUUAUCCAGGAACGAAGUUGCUAAGCUGACUUUGUAUGAGAACAAGCUUGCCAUAUUUCAUUAUUCUAGUGCUUUAAGCACAGGAAAUACUUCGAUCGAUUUGUGGGUCAUUGAGGAAGGCAUUGGUGGUUCUUGGAGUAAGAUAUUGACUUGUGGACCUUAUCCACACUUUGCCAUACCAUUGACCAUUUGGAGGAACCGGAUUGUCUGUGAUGUUUUUCCUAGAUAUUCAGUAGAGGGGAAUUAUGAGAUUGAUGCUACUGGUAGUUUUUUAUUUGAUCCCACUUCUAAUGAAGUCAAGGUCCUUUUUUCGGGUAAAUAUGGCAUUCUUCAUGCUGUUUUUAGAUAUGUCGAAAGCGUUGUACCCAUCAACAACAUCCACACUGCAAAGCAUUGAUUUUAAAGGUAAUUAUUAUUGAAUUAAUAUUGUUUGUUUUGUAGAACAUUCAAAAUUGCCAUUGAAUGACACAAACACAUUUUUUCAUAGAAGUUACUCCAUAUUUUUUAAUUGUAUGUGAUUACAUUUGCACAUACCUUUGAUGAGUUGGAAUUAGA